GUGACGUCGUGGGGUGGGGGAAGAGGAAAGAGGAGGGGUGAUCUAACAAACAGCUGCUGCAGCUGUAGAGAGGAAAAAGGAGAAAGACCAGGAGCAGCAGCAGCAGUGCGACCCCCGCAGCAGCUUUACCAUGAACACCUACCUCUUCAUGUAUGACCUGAUGCAAUUCUGUGGACAUUCCUGGAUAUUUACAAAUAUGAUCAUCAGGUUCAUGUCAUUUGGAAAAGAUUCACUGGCAGACACCUUUUACUCCAUAGGUCUUGUGAUGCGCCUUUGCCAGUUGUUAUCUGUAUUGGAGAUCCUACACAUCCUCAUUGGCAUUGAUAAAAGCCGUCUCUUCCCCAGGGCUUUGCAGAUCACAGAGAGAAUAAUUGUUUUAUUUGUUGUGAUCAACAGUCAGGACGAAGUUCAAGGGAAGUACAUCGUGUGCGUUUUAUUUUUUCUUUGGAAUGCAUUAGAUGUGGUCAGGUACACUUACAACAUGCUAGCAAGGAUGGGAAUAUACUACCUACCACUGACAUGGCUCAACUUCUCACUGUGCAUCCUGCUCUAUCCUCUUUCAGUUCUGGCUAAAGCAUUUGCAAUUUGUGUAUCACUGCCUUAUUUUGAAUCCUUUGGCACAUACUCCAUCAAGCUACUAUUUCCAUUUGCCUUCUCAAUCUACUUUCCCUAUAUUCUGAAAGCAUAUCUGCUAGUGCUCUUUAUAGGUAAGUAUCUCAUCUUCCAGAAAGCUGUGUCUCAACAUAACUUGGAUGCCUAUGGCAGCAACAAAAAAAAAAAAAAAAAAAAAUCAAAUCAGUAAAGAUUCUUUCACAAACACUAACUCUGCCACAUCUCCUGAAUACCACUACAGGAAGGCUCAUCACUAAGUGUUUUGAUUUCUGAUGUCAUAAAAAUACAAAACAAAAAUAUAAAAAUUGCCUUUUGUUAUAUCAAUUCCCAUUUGAUCAUACCUUCAAUCUGGGCAACCCCUCCUCACUCAUUCCUAUGAGAAGUGAUACCUAAAUGAAGACUUCUACAGCUUGCUUACUGAAAGUGGUGAAAAAAGAGCCACCCUAAAACCUGCAUGUAAAUAGACCCCUCCUCAACAAACUGCUUUUGAAAAUUUUGAACUGAAUUUGGCUGCAUUACAGCCAUGUCUUCAUUCUGUCAUUGGCUUUAAGACCAAUUUGAAGGAUCUUGUCUUUGUGAAGACUGCUCUCUGUUCCUAAAUUCAUUUAAGGAACUAUGCAAGUUGCCAGAUGAAGGCUUAUACUGUUCCUCCUGCAUUAAUUGAAGACACUUUGGACUCUACUCCUAGUUCUUACAAUGUUUUGUGUUUUGAUUCAGGUAUGUGCUUUAUCAUCCAGAACCUCUUCUCUGAAAGGAAGGCACACCUAGGGACAGGCAACAUCAAAAAGAAAAGAAGCUAAGUUGAUCUAUUGUUUGGAAAUAAGAAGUAUAUUCCCAGUGGGCUGCUGUGUAUCAUAGAUUAAAAAGAAGUUAGGCAAAGAUUUCAGAUGCAAAACUCCUGUCUGCAUGUUCAUCAACUUGUUACUGAACAAGCAUAGAAUAUUCAGAAAAGGCAUCUCUCUUUAAGGCACCUCAGAAAUAGAACAUCUCAAAAUAAUGAGUUGUUUUUUAGAGUUUGGUUUCAAAUGCAGGAAAUGCUUUUGAAUGGAUAUAUAAAACGAAUAUAUUUUUUCUAACGUAUCAGAGAACUCUGAAAAAGACUAAAGAGCAUCUCCACUCACAAUCACACUAACAACCCCAACGCUGGUGUUAGCUCUUGCCUCGUUAGCAACAGAUAUUCUGUAAUGACCAUACCAUUUAAUCUGUAAGAUUAUUUUAUAUUC